AUGUCUCGCGGCAGCCAAACCUUGUAUGUGACCGGUUUUAGCCACGGCACCCGCGCUCGCGACCUCGCAUACGAGUUCGAACGGUAUGUCAACUACGCUCUCGCCCUCGCCCUCGCCCUCGCCCUCGCCCUCGCCCUCGCCCUCGCCGCCCUCAUCCGCAUCCAUACACGCGUCCUCUCCCCGUCGGAUAUGAGAUUUACCCACGAAUCAUCGAUCGCUCUGCACGAGCGACUCCUCUACCCGCGUUGGCGCCGCCCCCGCGCAUCUCGUGCCCUCACGAUCCUACGGCCGCCUCGUUCGGUGCGAUAUUCCUGCGCCGCGAUCUACUUCAAGCAGACUUGGGCAAGGACUCCCCCAUCUGCUUCUUGGCGUUUCGAAUCUGGUCGCGAUCGUGACCGCCGCGCUGCUCGCUCUCCCCGACGUGGCAGAUCUCCCUCACCUAGACGGAGCACUCGGGACCAAUCUCCUCGCAAGGAAGACCGCCGUGAUCGGGACCGUGACUACGAUCGCGACAGCCGCAGAGAUCGCGAUAGAUCGCGCAGCCCUGAUAACCGGGAUCGUGAACGUGACGCUAAAGACGACCGCGAUGAUCGUGACGACCGUGACGAUCGUGAUGACCGCGACAGAAGAGAAAACGGCGCUAAUGGCGACGAGAGAAAGCCUGUUGAGAGUCCUCCCCCAGCACCUGAAGACCUUGAUGUGGCCGAGUAA